AAACGAGUCCGGACCAUUUUUACUCCAGAGCAGCUUGAGAAAUUAGAAGCCGAGUUUGAAAGACAACAGUAUAUGGUUGGAACUGAGAGAUAUUAUCUAGCCGCCUCCCUUGGACUGACAGAAGCCCAAGUUAAAGUUUGGUUCCAGAACAGAAGAAUUAAAUGGAGGAAACAG